CAAAAAAACCGGAAGUGGUUCUAAGGGGGUCGCUUUCGGCGGGGUUUGGUAUUUCAUGUGCAGCCAACAUGGACGCGGAGCACACGGAGAGGCUGCUGGUGAAGCUCGCUCAGGACGGACACACCAGCUCCCUGGAGGAGCUCCUCGGGCCGGGCGGCUCGGCGGCGGCUCGCAGCGUGGGCCGGGGACACUUGGGCCGCUCCGGGGACACGCUGCUGCACUACGCGGCCCGACACGGACACCUGGACACGGUGAAGUACCUGGUGGAGAGCGUGGGGAUGGACGUGGAGGUGACCAACAGCGACUACAAGCGGCCGCUGCACGAAGCUGCGUCCAUGGGUCACCGGGCGUGUGUGGGCUACCUUCUCGGGGAGGGCGCCGCGGUGGACAGCCUGAAAAAGGCGGACUGGACUCCUCUGAUGAUGGCCUGCACUCGGAGGAACCUUGACCUGAUCCAGGAGCUGCUGCGUCACGGCGCCGACCCUGCACUGAGGAACAAGGACGGCUGGAACUCGUUCCACAUCGCCUGCAGGGAGGGGGACCCUCUGGUCGUGCAGCACCUGCUCCUUAUUGCGCAAGAAGUCUGGAGGACGGCGAGCAAGACACGGAGGACACCGCUGCAUACUGCAGCGAUGCACGGCUGUGAGGAGGUGGUCAGCAUCCUGCUAGAGAGAUGUGGCUACACCCCAGACAGCACAGACAGCUGUGGAGUCACUCCUUUGAUGGAUGCUGUCAGGAACGGACACGUCUCUGUGGCCAGGCUGCUUUUAGAACACCACCAGGCGUCUCCAACGGCAGCUGACAAAGUCGGGGCUCAGCUGGUGCACCAGGUAGCUGUCACUGGCCAGAAGGAGGCGCUGCGGUUCCUGGUGAAGGACCUCGGUGUCGAUGUCAACCAGAGAGCGACAGGCAUUCAGCUCAGUGCCCUGCAUUACGCUGCAAAGGAGGGCCAAACGUCCACUAUUAAAACACUGCUGGAGUUGGGAGCAGAUCUUCAUGCGCGGGACACAAAGGGAAGAACUGCUCUUCACAUGGCUUGCAUCGGGCAGCACGCAGGAGCGACGCGGUUGCUUCAGCAGCUCGGACUCAAAGAUUCGGAGGAUGCAUCCGGCACAAGAGCGCGGCAGUUCGCCAGGAAACCAGACUUAAUGGCAGCGUUUGAAUCUGGCUCAGCAGACACAUCCUAAACGAUAACACGAUGAAACCGAACACCGAUCUGCCAAAGAUUCCAUUGAUUUAAGUGACAAAAAAAAAACGGAGGUCAAUCAAAUACUGUUGUACGGAUGACAUUAAAUCUUUACUUGUGAUAUGUUGUACAGUGUUUUCUUAAGUGACACUGACUUCAACUGCAAUAAUUUUAUAUCGCUCCAAAGCGGAAAGAGCCUUGAUGGUGUUUUUGCCAGAAGGACCAACCAAACUGCUCCACAAGAAUAAGUUUUUUUUUUUUUAAGUUUAGACAUGAUUGGACACAUUUGAGAUAAGCUUGAAUGUCUGGUGGUAUUCUGAUAUCAUCACAAACCCUCUUGACUUGUCAGGACAGGAAGCUGAACCCUCAGCUUUAAACAUCAGCAGAUAGUUCCACUGGAAUACUGCUUUGUGUAAAAUGUAUGAGAUGUGUAUGAUUAUUUUAAACUUUUUUAAAGAGGCCUCUUUUAUC